CGUGGUGCGAGGCGCGCCGGCGGAGGCAGGCAGGCUCGGUGUGAGGACAGUCCCUUCGCGCAUUGCCUCCCGGAGACUUUCUACCGACGGGUGCAGUGUCUGUGUGCGCGGUCUGGCGGACUGGCUCGCUCCGCUUCUUGCACUUAAUUCACCUCAUCCGUUCUUCCUUUCCCUUCCUCGUUUUCUUAUGCUGGGAUAUUUAUUCGAUUUCGCCCAAGCUAGUGUGUCUCAGUGACUCGCGUUGGACUGCCGAGUGGUUUUUUUUACCCGUUGACGCGAUGUUCUCUCUCGCUCGACGUUCGCUGGCCCCUUUGCGCCGCGAGUGAUUGGCGCUUCCAGAUACGCCGGGGAAGCUGCAGGCAGUCUAAGUUGCGUUUUUUUGUGAAUUCUGUUCAGGAAGGACAACAGGCGUGUUGAUGAAAACAAGACUUAUUAUUUUUUCCGAGAAAUCUUCUUGCUUGGAAACUGUCUGUUACUGAAAAUGUGAAAAAGACUCAGUUUCAUUUCUAGGAACGCUGAUUUAUUUAAUUUCUAAAGAGUCUUGAGGAUUUCAUUUCUAAAAACUGUAAAGAAGUUAAAUUAAGAGUUGGUUAGAACAUCAGUAUGAGGAAAUCAAGAUAGAGCUUACGCGUUAUGAAUAGCGGACCAAUUCAGACAGAGAACAAAUAGUGCUGGUGAUUUCCUCGAACAAUAACACACACGCUGCUGAAAGGAGGAUGACUGCCAUCUAGCGGUGACCCGAGACAACUAUGGCCCUAUCAUCGAUGGACGUGCGACCUCCCGUGGCACUCGAGGUCACGCUGCCUCCCACAUGGGCGACCACGGAGCUGCCCUUUUCCACCACAGCGUUCAUGGAAGAUGUCAUGAACGAAACCUUCGGCGCUGGAGGACCCUGCCAGUCAGACGGCCGCCUCAUCGACUUCUCCGAGUUCGACUACCCGUACAGAAAGGACACCUGGAUCCCCAUAACGUGGCGGGAGGUGCUCAAGAUCGUAGCAUAUAUGAUCGUGUUCUUGGUGUCCGUGGCCGGCAACCUGCUGGUGAUCCUGGUGGUUUACUACAACGCCCACAUGCGCAACUCCACCAACACCUACCUGGUAAACCUGGCUGUAGCGGACCUGCUGGUGACCUUCGGCUGUAUGUGGGUGCAUAUUAUACGCCAUCUGUCCCAUCCCAAUUACGUGCUGCCAGCCAUUAUGUGCAAAGUGGAUAGCUUCAUGCAAGCCACUGCCUUGUUAGCGAGCGUGCUGACUUUAACAGUGAUCAGCGUCGGGCGGUUCGUUGCCGUCAUGUUCCCUCUGCAAGCACACACUUCCCCCGACCGAGCGCACCGGGUUAUCGCUGCAGUGUGGCUCACCUCCAUCUUGCUUGCUUGCCCGCUGGCCAUCUAUCGGGAGCUACACAGCUUUAAGAACGACAACGAACUGCCUUCUGGUCUCCGGGGUUCACUGCCGAAGCCUUUUUCAUCUUACAAAUACCACAUAACUCCCAUAGCCCUUGCAUCUAAUGAUUUACAAGGCCGAAUGGUGGGUGGGAGGCUGUGGAUGACCCAGCUGCCGGGCGAGCACUCCGCCCCCGCCCGCAACACGGCCACGAGAGCUAAGAAGAGAGUGGUGAAGAUGGUGUCGGUGGUGUUGCUGGUGUUCGUGAUCUGCUGGACGCCCUUGCAGUCUCUCAUCUUGUACAGUAAUUUCAUCCACGCGCAACACUACGCGGGCGAGCUGCCACAAUGGUUCCCCGUCAUGGAGUUCUGCGCUUACUUCGUGGCUUACUCCAACUCCGCGCUCAAUCCCAUUAUAUACUGUGGCUUCAACGCCAGCUUCCGCCAGGGGCUUGUCUCCCUCGUCACGUGUCGCCACUCGUCGUCCAGCAUCAUAUCUUACGGCCCCUCCACGGGCAGAUGGACCAUCAGCCAAGACCGAACCGAAAGCUCAGAAGGACACUGGAAAGGUAUGACUGCUGGCACCCGGGAAACCACCGUCGCUUGCUCGGGCCCGGAGCCUGCUGUACUGCUGGAGUUUAGUUCUCUGAGAAGAAGCAGGAUGCACAAGGCGGCCCAGUCUGCGCAGGAGUCUGAUCGCCUUGUAGUCGCGACCUCGAACAAGAAUCCACGUGGCACAGUGACCUCUGACCUCACGUGUAAGAAAUGUUACAUGGGGGUCAACUUACAACAGACGGACUCUCAGCUGACCCUCAACCACCAUGGAACAACUACAACCACAUCCUUCAUCUUAGACAACCACCACGAGUCCCCGAAGUCGUCCCACGCCGGGCACAGCUGCAGGAGACUGGACAUCCAGGUCUCGAACUCCUCCAGCAACAGCGGGACGGCGACAGUGACCACCGUCUGUGGCUGCUGCAAGAGGAAGUUCGUGGACGAUGAUAUGUACGACCUCAAGGUGGUGAAAACAAGUGCUGACAUGGAUACAAAAGGUGACAUGCUGUGAAACAGAAAGUCAGAUCAAAGUCCGAUAAAUUCUCGACAAAUUAUUAAAGUAUUUAUGUUAGUGUACGUACUGGCCGAAAACAAAGAUUCUGGUUAUUUUAGUAUCGGUAUUGAUAUUGGUAAGAAGAGAAAUACGCAAAAUUAUUCCUUUAAGUGAGUCACUUUGGUGUUCAUGAUUAAUUCAUUCUUGUUGUGACGCUUGUAUGUUACGUGUAUUUUACAUGUUAAGGACACGUGUUCAACAUGUUUAUCGAUAUAUUUGUGGUUAUUCUAAUAUCAAUUAUUUCGCUUUAAAAGCCAUGCUGUCGUAAUGGCAGAUGGAGAUAUUCCUCUUUGAAACCAAUUGUAUUUUCAGGAUGAAUCUAAAAGCAUUUAUCUCUUCCUGUUCUUCUUUUAUGGAAUUAUCAUAAGGAAAGAAACAUUGAUUCAUCAUUUGUUCUCUCUUUUCAUGUUAACCCUUUUCUUAACGUCAUAUCACCAAAUGUUCUGUUUGUAUAUGAUGUUCAAGGGUUAUAUUUACAACUUCAUAUCAUGGCGUUGUAAAAGACGUCAGGAAAUAUCUUAGUAUUACCCUUUGAUAAAAAAGUUACAUAUCCACACCUAGAAUCAAGGACAGUGUUUUAUAGCCUGAAAAAAAAGAGAGAAGAGAGAGAGAGAGAGAGAGAGAGAGAGAGAGAGAGAGAGAGAGAGACAGAGAGACAGAGAGAGAAUCCUAUAGAAACUGCAUGGACAUUCAGUGUAUCGCGCAGUGUCGUGUGAUAUUUUUAUUGGUGUAGUAUUACUUUAUAGUAUGCUGUGCAAAACCCGACAUGGUACGGGGGAAUCCAUGUGGCGUGUUGCUCAGUAUAGUACAAAGACUGCAAGUUUACACUGUAUCUCCACUGAGAAGUAAAUAUAAUAAUGACUUUGCCAUGUUACCAGCUCUAUGUGUAUGACCAUUGUGUGUAUGAAUGGGUUUCUAUUUUGCUCACUGUUUAAAUAAUGUAAGUAUUUGAUUAAUUUUACAGAAGAUAUGUAUACAUAUGCACAUAUUCAUGUAUAUUGGUAUAUCUAUACAUAUGUACAUAAGUACACAUAUACAUAUAUAGGAUAAAAUAAAGAUAUAAACACACUUGCAGAUAUGUAAUUUUUUCUGUCUACCUAAAUACCUACACACACAAACACACACUUAUAUAUGUAGAUAUAUAAAUGUGUGUGUUUGUGUGUGUGUGUGUGUGUGUGUGUGUGUGUGUGU